AUGCACCACCCAGAGCUCCGGGACAGGGAUACGUUUCAUAAGACGCGCUCGGGUGCGGCGUUUUCGCCGUGGUUCGAAUUCGCGGGUGCCCCCCUACGCGCCCCUUUGGAUUUCGAUAUCGCGUCCCGCGUGAGAGCUGCAAUGGAGGAGGCGGACAGGAAGCACGAGGGGGGCACCGGGUACGAAUCCGAUGAGGAGGAGAUACCGCUAUCGGCCCCGGUAGCGACGGGCGAGCGUGAUCGUGAUCGCGACUGCACGGACCUCUCGAUCACUCAGGACGAGGGCCAAACGCCACCCCACCAGCUCAUCCAUCACGGCCAAGCCUCAUGUAGGGAGGUCCCGGGGCCUAACCCUCCGUCCAAGGAGGCAUUCCACGCCAAAAUGCGCUCCAAGGCCCGCCGACGCAAGGCCCGAGCGUUGAGUGAGCGCGCAGGGGAGCCGGGCGUGACCAAGCGCUGCGUCAAGGGGGCAGCCCUGCGGAGGCGCACGGCUGCGGAGGUGCUCAUCGCCCAGGUGGCUCUGGGUUCUGAUCCCGGGCCGUCCGUUGGGUCAGAUUUUGCGGCUGGAAUGAGCGUCGGAUCUGAGCCAAUUAGGACUGAUUUGUCGAUGGCCAAGGAUGACGUGCCCAUCACCAAGGGCGCGUUCACAGCGAAGCGCGACGGUGUCCAGGUCGCAGAUCGGCGGGAGCGCACCAAGGCAGAGAUGAUCGCAGAACGAGAGCCAAGGCCCAUCCUGGACAGGAAUGGGCGCGUCGUCGGGGUAUUGGUAGGCCAACCGCGCGACGACAAGUGGGUGGAGGUCAACGCAGCCCUCGAAUCGACCUUUGAGAUUGCGCGUGACGCGUUUCAACGCCCCGCGAGCAAGCGCAAGCCACGUCGCGGCGCAUACGCCGCCGCGACAUGCGGCAUCUCGUACGGCGGAGGCCAGACGCAUGUCAGAAAUAUGAGCCUCAGUGCGCACAAUCAAACCGUGCUUGACGCACUCCUGCGUCACCAGGCCGUUCGUCGGGUUGCGAAUUUCGGUGACGCCGCCUUUCAGCUGUUCGCCCCACGCCUACACGACUACUACGACCGCACCCUGACUGGGCUAUGCACAAGGGAUCCAUCGCUGCGACGCAACUUCGAGAGGAACGUGUUCGCUAACGCUACGUUUAACCUCGGACCACGAACCGUCGCGUACAAGCACCGGGACAACUUGAACCUGCCUUGGGGAUGGUGCGCAAUCACCGCGAUUGGGUCAUUCAAUCCACACGAGGGGGGUAUUUUCCGCUGGGUGGACUGCGGGUACCAGGCCGUCAAGGCGCUUCCCAAAAUGCGGGGAUCGGAGGCGGAACGUAGGGGUGCUGAGCGCUGGAAAGAUGGGGUCGAGAUGAUGAGCAUGUGGAGCGAGUUUGCGCCCAAGGAUAUCGUAUAG